AUGCAAAUAACCACGUCACUUAUCCAAGCCUAAAGAGAUGCUUUAACUCCAAUCCUAAAGCCAGACAUAAGAAUUCCUUGGAAAAUACUCUGUUAUGAUUCCUACUGUGAAAAAAGAUUGUCCACUAUUUACAGAGUAGGAGAUCUGAGAGAAAUGUGCAUUACUCUUCAUUUCAAUCUUGACCAAAAUCGAGAGAGAUUACACGGAGUCACAGCAAUUUAUUUCAUACAACCAAUACAAGCUAGCAUUGAAAAAUUGGUUGAAGACUUUAAUCGAGAUCUUUAUUCAGAAGUGUACAUUAAUUUCUCAUCUCCUGUUGAAAACACUUUAUUAGAAUAGAUGGCCAAAGAACUUAGCAAAAUUAGUGGAGCUGUCUAAAAAAUAUAAAAAGUAUACGAACACAAUCUUGACUUUGUUGCUCUCAAUCAUAAUUUCUUUAAUCUAGAAAAUCAAGUUGUAACUGGAUUGUUUUCUAUUAUUAUGGCUCUUAAAGUCUAACCAUUGAUUCUCUUCCAAAAGAAUUCUAAAAUUGAGCAAAUUGCAAAAGAAUUGAUUGAAAAACUCAAAUUAUUUGAAUUCAAUUCUGAUUACCCUCUUCUAGCAAUCAUAUUACCAGACAGAGAUAUAGAUCUAAACACCUUAAUAAUGCAUUCAAAUACCUAUGGAGCAUUGCUACAUGACACUCUCAAUAUUAAAUACAAUAAAGUUAAAUUGGAGGAUCAAGUAUAUGAUCUAUCUCCUCAAUAUGAUAAUUUAUGGCUCUAAGCCUGCAAUAUGGCUUUGCCUGAUGCAAUUGAUAAAAUUGAUAAUGAAUUAAAUGACUGGAACACUCAAUAUUAAUAGGUCUCAUAAUAAAAUUAAGAAAUUUCAAGUGCUCUCAAUGCAAUUGAUUUAGUGCCUUAAAUGAAUCAAUAAAAAAAGAUGGUUGACUCGCACAUUAAUUUGGCCAAAUAAUUGACCUAAAUUGCUAAAUAGAAGUCACUUGAUAAAUUUUAUCAACUGGGUUAAAGUAUCUUAUAAAAUGAUACUGUGUCAAUCAAUGAUUAUCCACAAUCAGAAGAUAAUCAGAUUGAGUAAUCUAAGGAAAUUGAUAAACUCAGAUUAUUGAUUCUAAUGUUAUUAAACAAUUACAAUUAAUAGGAAUUUAAGAAAUUUGAAUAGCUGUUUUAAAUUAAAAGUGAAAAAUAUUAGAACAUUCUUUCGAAUUUUAAAUAAAGAGUAGCAUCCAAUUAAAAUAAUAAAUAACAAAGCGUUUAUAAAUCCUUAUUUGCUGCUAUCACAUCCAAGAUGCCUAAUUCUGGAAAGGUUAUAUUGAAAAAUGUUUAAAAUCUUUUUUUGCAAAGUAAAUGUUUAAUCCUAUUUUGAUAGGAGGAAAGAAGUCUUCGAUUGUGUAAAUGUUAGAAAACCUAUUUUUAAACGAACUGAAAAUCGAUGAAUUAUAAUCAAUUUUGACAAUGUAUGAUUCCAGAGUCAAGAAUAUUUCAGUAUUUCUCAAUUCUAUUUUAGAGAUUAGAAUUCGGUUUAUUGUCUACAAUCAAAGGCAUUUUGGUAUGCUUUACAGAAGGAGCCUGUUAUAAUGAGUAUGCUGAGUUAAGUGAUUUUGCUAAAAGCAUAAAUAAAGUGAUAAUUUACGGUGGAAAUAAAAUAUAUAAUGCAGAGGAAUUUUUAGUCUAAUUUCAAUGA